GUCAUUGUUUCUUCUGUUCAAGAACUGAAUGCAUAAUGUAGGAUGGGGCUGUGCGGAAAUUUUACCUUAGGAUUUUGUGAACGACGCCAUUUUUGCUUCCGGUGAUCAAUAAGCAGUCAGAUAAUUCAUUUAAAACUGGAUGGUCAUGUACAACGUGGCAUCAGUUUUCACUGUUCUCGUCUUUAUAGGCCCACCACAUCUUUUCGCAUCAGGUAAGCCGGGCAUAUACACUUGAAUUCAUUAAUUUUAUGGAAUAGAUAGUUUAGAAAAGAUACGUUGCAGUGAAGUCGUUGUUAUACUCCGUAUUCACUCAUUUGAACUCCGUCACAGUAAACUGUUACAAGCUCUUAGCCGGUAGUUAGAUAACGGCGUAAUAUGUGACUACCACAGUCUAUAGAUUGUAAGAUUUUACGCCACUAUGUGCGUUGGUGUAUAUAUAUGUAAGAUUUUUAAGCCGUUAACUAACGGCGUAAAAUCUUACAGUAUAUAAUUAACCGACUGGAAGAAAUUACGCCGUUAGUUACUGGCGUAAAAUCGUUCAUAUAAACACAACCGACUGGAAGAAAUAACGCCGUUAGUUACUGGCGUAAAAUCUUACAUAUAAGACAACCGACUGGAAGAAAUUACGCCGUUAGUUACUGGCGUAAAAUCUUCCAUAUAAGACAACCGACUGGAAGAAAUUACGCCGUUAGUUACUGGCUUAAAAUCGUACAUAUAAACACAACUGACUGAAAGAAAUUACGCCGUUAGUUACUGGAGUAAAAUCUUACCUAUAAGACAACCGGGUGACCCUAAAAGCAGGAACGGUGGAAUGGCGGAAUGGCGGAGUGGCGGAAAAAGACACCAAACCCUAAAACACGGAACGGCGGAAAACGACCCAAAUCCUAAAACACGGAACGGAUGUCAGGGCAUGUUGCACAAAUUUUGUACAAAGACACCAAGCGCUUGGCUCAUUUAUCCCCACGACGAUAACGCGUGUGACUAAAAUUAAGCGUUAUUAAUUUUUUUUUCUUUUACUGUGUGGUAUAAAUAAUAAUGAACCAUUAUGCAUGAAAGAUAGCUACGUUUUCGCGUUGUAAACCUGUUUAGUUACUUUUGUUAUGCUAAAUUUGCCAUGAGUUUUAGUCGCGGCAUAAAAAGUCGCACAGCAUGUGAAAACCAACUUGACAUACCACAUUACAAUAAACAAUUGUAACUUUGAUACGUUUCCUGGUCAAAUCCACAUUGAUUUAUUGAAACAGUAAUAUCUCAUAUGCUUGUAGAUGUGAGAACAUCACAGGAACGUUUUCAGGUUUCUCAAAAUAUGACAACGUUCAGCCCCAGCUCCAAACUUAGACUAGCGUGAGAGCAAGCCCUCGUUACAAGCCCUUCAAUACGAGCGUUUUUUCAUCCACGAAAAAGUUUGGGGACUUGAGUAACACUAGGUGAAGAGAGGUUUGUAGGGUGUCACGUGCGCGGGAAUUUCUCAUGGCGUUUACCACUAUUCGCAUGGAAGCAGUUGCGAGACAAAAAAGAGGCUAUCGGUCGAGGAUCAUAUGGUUUGGUUUGUGCGACUUUUUAUGCCGCAACUAAAACUCAUGGGGGUUAAUGAGCCACGCGCUCGAGUGUUUUUGUACAAAAUUUGUGCAACAUGCCCUGACAUCCGUGUUUUAGGAUUUGGGCCAUUUUCCGCCGUUCCGUGUUUUAGGAUCUAGGGUCAUUUUUCACCGUUCCGUGUUUUAGGAUUUGGGGUCAUUUUCCGCCACACCGCCAUUCCACCGUUCCGGCUUUUAGGGUCGCCCCGUUGUCUUAUAGGGAAAAUUUUACGCUAGUAACUAACGGCGUAAUUUCUUCCAGUCAGUUGUGUUUAUAUGUACGAUUUUACGCCAGUAACUAACGGCGUAAUUUCUUCCAGUCGGUAGUCUUACAUGGAAGAUUUUAUAUACUGUAAGAUUAUACGCCAGCAACUAACUGCGUAAUUUCUUCCAGUCGGUAGUCUUAUAUGGAAGAUUUUACGCCAGUAACUAACGGCGUAAUUUCUUCCAGUCGGUUGUGUUUAUAUGUACGAUUUUAAGCCAGUAACUAACGGCGUAAUUUCUUCCAGUCGGUUGUGUUUAUAUGGAAGAUUUUACGCCAGUAACUAACAGCGUAAUUUCUCCCAGUCGGUAUAUUAUAUACUGUAAGAUUUUACGCCAGUAACUAACGGCGUAAUUUCUCCCAGUCGGUAUAUUAUAUACUGUAAGAUUUUACGCCAGUAACUAACGGUGUAAUUUCUUCCAGUCGGUGAUAUAUAUAUAUGUAAGAUUUUACGCCAGUAAUAUAAUUUCAUUAUAUAUUAAUUUAUUAUAAUUAAUCUACCGACUGGGUCAGUGGCGUAAAAUCUUACAGUAUAUAGACUGUGUUAGUCGCAUAUUACGCCGUUAUAUAUAUUCCCGCUCUUAGCCUGUGGAGACGAACGAAAUGGCGUACGAACGACACCGCCCCUCUCUCGUCUUUGGACUCGGCUAGUCACGCAACACGCCCUCUUCUCGAAUUCUCCUCAUAGAACGUUGCGUGACGUACCUUGUCAGGUAAAAAAAGAAAGAAAGAAAGGAAAGAAAUAGCGCACACCCCCAAAUGCAAGUAAGAAAUUGCACCGAUGUAAGACCCUCUAUCGGACAAACCUUUCUUCGCUUUUGUAUCGAGGAGUGAGCCUUAUAUAUUUUGGCCCAUUUUAAUUGAUAACAUUUAUUGUGUUUCAGGUGCUUGUACAGACAACCAUAACUCUUGUUCCGAUUGGGCUGGUAUCGGGGAGUGUUCAAAAAAUCCUCUGUGGAUGCUUGAUAAUUGUCCGGUGAGCUGCAAAGUGUGUUCUGGAGUACCGGGUGAGUCAGGCCUUUCUAAAGGUUGUUGUUGUGGUAACGCGUUUGCCAUGGCCUAAUAAAUGAGUACCCGUUUUGAGCCAUGCAAUUAAGGGCCCUAAGGUAAAUGUGACCUCCUCAAAAAAAGUGACAAGCUAUGAUAACAAUAACCAUAACAAUAAAGAUGAUGAUGAUGGUUAUAGUAGUAAUUAUGACAAAGAUGACAAUGAUAACGGUAAUAGAAAUCGUAGUGUUACCAGUUAUAAAUGGCCUUAUGGAUGCUUAGGUCAGAAAGGAAAAUUGUACCUACAAGGUACUCGCCUUCAAGGUGCUGACUGGUGGAUCAUAUUAAGAAAGUAUUCCCAAAGCAUUUUUAUCGAAAUGAUAUUGACGUGAAAAUGAAAAAAGGUGGUACAUAUUCGAACAAAAUGCAGCGUCAACGUGACUUGAUGGGAGAGGGGGAAGGAAUUUUCAGCAAAGAACGUGAUUAGGUGUAGACGAAAGGUGUAUGGUGAAGGAGAGGUACUGACCACUUUUUUAUGAAUUGAUUUCACAUCUUAGCGUGUGUCAACAUUUACAAUGACCAGUACUGUAAAAGUAAUGUGGGGAACUGUUGGACGUUGUCCAUUGGUGCUGAUCUUGUAAAGAACUGUAGGAAAACUUGUGUGUGUAAAUGCUGCCCCUCAAGUCCUACAACAGUACCAACAACUGCAUAUGUCCACAACGCAACAAGUUAUACAACGAUAUCAGCUUUGACCUCGGCUACCACUUCAGUGGAAAUAGCAACGACAUCAGCCUUGACCUCGGCUACCACUACAGUGGAAAUAACAACGACAGCAAAGGAUAUCAAUACCACGCCUCAAACAACAUCAAUAAUAACAAACUCGACUCCAAACGAGGAGAGAACUACGGUGCAAACAGGUGAGGGAAGGGGGGGCACGUACCCUUGAUUUUUUUAGUCUCCUUCCUAGCUAUUCUUUCGAAUGUCACGUAACGCUCUGCCCAGAGACAGGGGGAGUGUUGUGUGACAACGUAAAGAACGAUUGCAAAGGAGGCCAACCUUUCUACAGAUAACGAAUAAAAUGUAACGAGGUUGUUUCCUUCGCCGCCGUUCUUUGGGAUUUGGACGUUGCGUGACAUCACAACGAACGGCUUCGAAGAGGACUAGCAGUGGCAACGAAUGUAAAUAAGGAAAUAGGAUCUGAGUACGAAUUACGUUCUUGCGGUACCAAGAGUUUGAAUCCGAAGGAAUUCCAAGUCCAGUCCCAUCUUUAUUUUUUUUGUAAUGUAGGAAAGGGUUGUGAGGAUUCAUUUUACUCCAAAGUCAAACAGAAUUCAUGAUGACAAUAUUUUGGAUAUUUUUUUUGUAGAAUACACGAGUGCCAUACCAGACACAAGACGAAUAGUAAACGAGACGUCACAGGUAAUCAAGAUUGCAUUCGAUAGUAUCAGAUUUAAAAACAGAGUCGUUCCCAUACGCAUUAAGUAUUUUAAGCGUUGCAUGAAGAAUUUCAUUUUCAUAGUGAAGUAUUCCGAUCAUUUAUUUUGUUGCUGUAUUGAUCUUUCAGGACAAAGGUGCCACUGAAACGAGUGGAUCAAAAACUAUGUUGGUGUUAGUCAUUACGAUGGGUUGCGUGGCUUUUGUUGCUGUACUUGGAAUUUUAUUGCUUUGGUUUCGGAGACGAAGGCGUUCGUAAGUAAUAAAUAUUUUUUGUUGUUCCAAGAGGACGAUAUUUUCCUUUUUCAUUCCGUCAUCAUUUGUUUCUUCUUUGCACAGAUGCUUUCCAUUAAUUCAGUACAAAAUUAAUCAAUCUAUCCAUCCGUCCGUCCAUCUAUUCAUACGUACGUGUAUCUCUCAUGUUUUAGUCAGUUUAUUUAACAAAUGGAGAAGCCUUGACUGUGCUCUGUUCUGUUGUAAAGCACGGAGGAGAGGGCUAGAGCACGAGAGAAGUGUGAGUGCUCUAUUCGCUUCCUAAGUAACAAAAGCUAGAGAGAAGUCCAAGAAAUGAUCGAACGCUUUAGCUUUCUUGCUCUAUGUUCUGUACUUUGAUAAUAUAGAGCACGUUGUUUCAACCAAUGACAGCGUGCGUUAUAUCUGAACUUUAAUAUAAUAUAAGAUGUAUUAGUUUUAUCAACUGAGUUGAUAUUAUAAAUUGGCCUUGAUCUACAAAGAGGUUAUAAAGCUGAAGUUUCUAGUAUUCGUCCCAGCAAUUCGCUAUGACGGCGGGCAAACGCUGGAAACGGCAGCUUUAGAAAUUCUUUAUGGUUGCCAAUUUACAUUAUUAACUCAGAGGAUAAAAACAAAUUUUCUUGUAAUACCCGCACUGACGCAGCACUACAGUUUCUGUAGUCUAUCAAUAAGUUAUUCUGAGUCGUGAAAUGUCAAUCAAUCAAUCAAGCAAUUAAUCAAUCGGUCAUUCAACCAAGUACUCAACUUUCCACUCGACCAACAAGCAACUCAAAAGUUCCCAGUGUGAACAUGUAAAAUAAAGACAAAAUUUUCAUUCCAGUUUCAUGAUCAAAUUCAGUUCCAUUGGCGAAUGAAACCACCUGUCCAUCGCUAACUUUAAAAGAUCGAACCACCAAUCAAAAGAGCAACCAUUUGUCUAUUACGUCUGUCAUUUUUAGCAUUUUAUCAGUUAUGCCAUUCACAAGUUAGUGAAUAAGAAGUGCUGUCACGUUAUCAUUUUUUUUCUGAAAGAUUCAGUCGUGGAAGCCUGGAUCGAGUUAAAGAGCCAGGUAUGCCUUGUUUAGGUAACACAUUUAUUGUAUUUUGUCAUUGAAACAAAAGACUACUUUCCUUUAGUUAAGGGAGUGGCAAAGUAAAACAACAGGAGUCUCACAUAGAAGUUUGUAAAUGGUUUUUGAAGCAUGAAACAUUGAAACAAAAGACUUUGAAACAAAAGACUUUAUUUACUGUAUUGAAACAAAAAAUAUUGAAACAUAAGACUACUUUCUCUAUUUAAAGGAGUGGCAAAGUAAAAAACAUCAAGAGUCUCACAGAGAAGUUUCUAAGUGGUUUUUGAAGCUUUACACUGUUAAGCUAUAUAUGUUCGAAAGACGAACAUUCAUGUUAUCGUAGACAUGGAUAUAACAGGACGAUUCCCUCGCAUUAUCUCUGGCUCUUUUAGCACAUUUGAUUGCGCACAUUGCCGAUAACUGCACGAGGGACUCCCGAACCAACUUUAAAGGAUUCUAGUUUUUAUAUUUUGGGUGACAGUUCUCGAAUUAAGUAAGUCCGUCAUUUUUGAUGCAAAAGGGCACGAAGAUGGAUUGCUCUUCAAAUUUAUCUGUUAUGAUAUAAUUCACCCUUUUACCCCUGAGAGUGACCAGCAUCUAAUUUCUCCUUGCAAUAUCACAUAUGAAUCUCCCAUCAACGUCACGAGAAUAAAGGAAAUGAUGACAAACUAAAGAAGCCCUUGACUGAUAAACAAAUUCUCCUUGUCAGCACCUUAGAAAGUUUAUUGAGAACAGUAGGGAGACCUUACAUACUGAUGUUAAGGUGUAAGGGGUUAAUAACGAUUACUUUUGUCCUGUUUAAGUUGAAAACAACUCCACUCCCCCGGAAGAAGUUAUUUGGUUAGAACGUCAACCAGAAAAGUCUUCAAGAAAUCCGUUGUACCUUUCUACAAAUGCAGCUGAAAAUAUCAGAUUUUCAAAUCAUGAUGUUGCUGAAGGUAAAAAGUGCUUCUUCCAUGUAUAUUAAGAACCGGUCUAUAAGAAAUUGCGGACAGUUUUAAUCAACCCUUAGCCUGAAAUUUAGUUAACGAAGCAUCGGCAUUAUGCAAAAGAAGGUUAUUAGCCCGUUGAAAGGAUAGGAAUUUGCCCGAAAUUAGAGCAUAGUUCUUCGAUACUGUCCGCUCGUUCAAACCUUUACUUCUGUCGGCUGAGAUUUCAAUCUUUCCCAGACUUCGCUCGAAUGAGGUACGAGACUACAACUGAAGACUAAGCUACAAUAAUGUCUUCAUAUUAGUUAAGUCUGUUUCCGAUCAAAUUUAGAAGUUUUCUGGUAACUCACCUCUGUUUUUUUCCCCUUUCAUAUAGAUACUCCUGAAGUGCUUUACUCGACGACCAUUCCCAGCUCGCCAACUUCGCCAUUGUAUCAUGUGUUAGAGGACCCUAACACGUCAGAUACAAAUGGAAAAUCCGCUUUGUCGGCUCCUUCCGAACGGCCUUCCGAUCCUUUACGAUCUGAUUCCGAUUAUGACGAACCUGUUUUUCGAGGCGUGCGCCCGGCGAUUUUCCCGCCGCCUGGAGCACGAGAAAAUGAGGCAAAUUACGAAACCAUGACGGAAGAUCGUAAUGCUGAGAGACUUGCUGACAACGCGGGUAAAAAUGCUUUGGAAAAUGACGACGAAUACUGCUAUAGUUACACUACUGCUUAUCAAAACAAAAAAGACGAAGCGACCGAAAGACCUAAAACAGAAGGGCCUUCUUACUGUUCUAUAGAGAGCCCCAAUAAUGAGUACCAGGCUCCCGUAGUCACUCCAGGAGGUGGCUGCACGCCCGUGGCGGGAAUCGCUGAAGUUAACGGUUAUCAACCCUUACAGAAGUCAACACGAUCAUUUUAUCAACCUCUCAUUAAAAAUAAUUAAUCACUUCAAAGAGCAUUCACUAAGAAAUGAACAAAGUAUGUAUUUUCGUGAUAAAUUUUUGUUUCGUGUUUUCAGUGCUGUGAUAUUGAGUACCCUGACCUGAGUUUUGUGGCCUUUGUGCGACGUGUUCUUUCUAUCCUUCGUGUCACGUGCCUUUGUAUCCUUCAUUUCACCUCCCUAUUGGAUGCUUUUGUAUCACUUGCCCUCUGUAACAUGUGCCUUUUGCUUUUUCGAUCCUUAAGAAAAGCUUAUUUUUGUUGCCUCCGCUGGUUUACUUCUUUAGUCGUUUACUUAGAUAUCUGUGUCAGCUUAUUUUGACUGAAAUUCUCAUUCAAGGCUCGCUAUCAGAAAGCUGUGGGCCAGAAGGGAAAGGGAGACGUGAAGUAUAGUUUGUCUGAGAAAAUUUUGUAUCGAAGUUUUCUGUUAAACAGAUUUUUGGCUUUUUUAUCCGUUCUUUGUUUUUUGCCAAAUUAGUUUUAUCGAGUUUGAUGAAGGAAAGAGCUCGAAAAUUUAGAUAUUUAUCACAACUCCGGUAACUAAGCCGAGAACCCGAAGAACUUUUUAUUAUUCCAACUGUCGUUUCCACUCUAUACUCUCGCAUAGGCUGCUACCACUGCUUAGUAUUGUAUUAAACAAGCUUUGAAUUGAUUUAUUGUAUCGUUACUCACAUCUACUCUGUACACAAUUAAUGCAAAAUUCAAAAUGGCGAAGAACGUUUGUGAUGUUCUGGUGAACAUUUCUAUUGCUUUAUUUGUAAUUCUUACACAAAUUUAAUUUAGUCAUACACUGUUAAUUCAGUUAAAUGUAAGCAACCAAAAGAUGCAACCUGCUAUGAAAAUCAGAAGAAAUAAUUUCGGCAAAAUGUAUUUCAGGUAUCCUUGCGGUACUUAAACAAGUCAAACAAACAAUAUACCGUUAAUUACUGAUUAUAAGAUUUAGAACAAAAUAGAAACUUUUUUGCUGAUU